AAAAGUUGGCGCUAAAGAUGGCGGACGCUGUCGGGGACCCCACAUCAAUAGCGGAGAAACAUCAGGAUGUCAGAGUAAAUGUUAAGUCUAAGAGAAUCUUCGCUUAUCAGCUUGCAAAGUAUAAAAGUUUGCUUAUUAAGCUGCUGGAGCGUCAACCGGAACUGAACGAAAGCGACGUGGAAAAGAUAUUAGAAGAAAUUCUGAUGAAUUUCGAGAAUGCAGUGCAAGAAAACAUCACCGUCGGUGGUUUAUCCUGGGAUGAAGCCGCAGAGGAGAACGGUGAAGAUUACGAGUGCAGCACGGUGGACGACCUUCUGGAUGAGAAGAUUGUCCAGACUAGCUGGAAACGCAGCGUUUACCCAAAGAAAAUUCUGCCAUAUUUUGUCCGGUCCCUGAAAGCCGAGCGCAAACUCAUGGGUUUGUUUGACAAUACGGUGAAAGCACAAGAAGUGAAGCGGGAUCCUGUUCAGGACACCAUCAUGAGCAGUGUUUCUGCUGCUGCACCCGGGAUGUUCAGACAAGCGUCUACAGUCAUGAAGACUUUGAAGGAGGUGAAGCAGAUGGCAGAAGGUCUUCACCAGGUGCUGAACACGCAGCCUUCAGCCGAGACCCUGGAGGCCUACAGAGAUGUGUUCAGUAACUCCGAGGGAAAACGUGCUGAAGUCCGGUGCAGCAGCGAGUCUAACAGACAGUCCAUUAAAGGAGCUGCGUCUGAGAGAGAAUACAGCACACGAUAUGUUCCUGUGGUUCCAUCCACUCCAGAUCAAUAAGUAGUGAGGGAGGGAGGGAGGG